AUGGCGACUACAAAUAUCGAGACAACAGAAACAGUGACAACAUCAAAUAUUGAAUUGAGUGAAAAGAAAGAUGAUGGGUUAACCGUAAACAAAGAUAAGAAAAGAACGCGCUUCAGAAGUCCAGUCAGAAAUAUCUUCAAGUCAAAAACUGAAGAUGACAAACCCUCACCGUAUCAUCGCCUAGAAGAAGAAAAGCAAUAUUCUGAUUUACAAUUUCAAGAGCCACAGGUCAAAGUACCUAUUUUUGCUAUUGUUCUAGCUGUUGUGCUCUUUCUUAUCGGUUCUGUGAUGAUUACCUUAGGGGCGUUAAUGUUAACUGGUCGCAUAGAAACACAAUAUAGUGAUCGUACGUGGCCAUUAAUACUUAUUGGAACAUUAGUUUUUCUGCCUGGUUUUUAUCAUUUACGUAUUGCUUAUUGGGCUUGGAAGGGAGACCGAGAUUUCUCGUUUGCUGAUAUACCAGAUCUUGAUUGGUUCUGA